AUGGAAUAGAUAACUAGGUUUUUAAAGCUGUGCUCUGAGUAUCUUGAUUUAGUAUUCGCCUGUGUAUUUCAAAAGUAACCUCACAUUUGAAGAGACUAACCGUUCCUGUUUUUGCCGGCAAUCAAGUUGAAGCAAUCAAGUUGAAGAAACGUUUCCACUACUAUAUUUAUUCAGCUCUUCCCAUGGGAUUUUCUGUUAGUAAAUCUGCUACUCAGUUAUCUGCAAUGUGUAUGGAUGCAAAAGUGGACGAUCACUUAAUGCAAGGGGCUGAGAAAAGCAAGCUGGAACCAGUAACUCAGUUAUUUCAAAACACUAAGAAAAUAAGAUUAGAAGACCCAAACCAAGAAAACCUUACAAGAGAGAAAGAGUCUGGUCCAGGCUCUCUUUCCGAGAAAGCCGUGGGUUCAGUGGUUUAUGUUAAAGAAAGUGAUGGAAUAGAAAUGACAGAUGUGGAAUGAAGUUGUUUGUACCUAUUACCACAGAAAUCAAAACUUGCUUUUGACUAAGAGGGCAUAUUGAUUGAGAACUUAACCUCAAUAGGAAAACCUAACAAAAUGAAGGAAGAUGUUUGCUUUUUCCCCCCCACUGUUUAUAAAUCACCGUAGACUGCAUUUUUUUACUCAAAACAGUUGCUUUAGGGAGAAAAAGCUUUCCAAAAUUCAAAGUAGAUUUCUCUGGUAUUAUCCUUGUCAAAAUCAGAGUUUUGACUAAAAGUAUUUAAAUGGCACUAAACCAUAUUAAUGAUAAAGUAUUUAACUAAUAAUCAAAAAACAUGAAACAGUACCCAAACAAUUUGACAUCAUUAUGUCACACUAUUUCUUGUGCACCAAUUUUGUAUGUUAGAUUUCCAGUUUGGGAUUUUGCUUAAGGGGACUUUAUCUUUCUACAUUUUUGCAUUUCUGUUAUAUAGACAUUCACUCUAGGUAAACUAUGCAAAAAAAAAAAAAUCCCACAGUAAAUUGCAUACUUUAAAAAGCAUUUCACAUUUUAAAUCAUCCUUUUAAACUGUUGUUAUUUUCUCCACAUCGAAUUCAUUUCAGAACGACAACAUAGCUAUUUCAAAGUGUAGUAGUUUAUCUUACAAUUGCAACCAUUUUAUAGCACCAAUAUUUAAUAUAAGAAAAUAGCCUUAAAAUUAUUGUUUAAUAUAUAUCAUUUUGCCAUUCUUCUUGAAAUAUGUAGUAGUUUGAAAUGGCAGUACUGUCUCAAAUAAUGAUAGAUGAAAUUAAAACCAUUUUGUAGCUGGACAUAUAAUGAGUUGUAACUGUAUUAUGUAUGUUUUGAACAUUUUCCUGUAUUUUAAUAUUUAAUGACUAUCUCUAAUGCCCAAUUGAGUAAUCUCCUUCAUAUUCUCAAAAUAAACCAAAAGGAAAAGGCUUCUUUAAGGGGAAGCAAUAUUUUAUAAAUUAAACAGUACUAAACCAGGAGUUAAAAAAAAAAAAAGAUGUUGAAUGCGACCUAACCAAUAAGAUGAUGCUUUUUAUCAUUUACAGAACAUAAUUCUUUGGGAGAGAGAAAAUACACAAAUCAUUCAUUUGUUCACCUAACCUGAAUUGUUUGAAAGAGAACAAAUACACAACCCAUUCACUUGUUCCCCUAACCUGGCACUGUACUCAGUGCUGGGGAUAUAGUGGCGAGUAAAAUAGCUACGGCCUUUACAGUGCUUACUGUCUGGCUGUGGAGAAAUAGAACAUCAGAUAGUAAAUAUGUAAGGUACAACUUGUGAUAUGCCAAGAAGAAAAAGUAAAAUGUUCAGAGAGACAGAUGAGGAGACGUAACACAUAAACUUGAUUUUUCAUAAUGGAACUAGAAAGGCUUCCCUGAGGACAUGACAGGGGUAGCUUUUGCAGGGACGUGGUUGUCCAAGUGAGAUGAUGGUGCUGAUUGAAGUGGUAAGAAGGGUAUGUAGUCCAGGUGAAGUUGGGCAGGAUGUACAGAUGGUUUGAAAGUGGCGAGUGAGGAAAAAGAAGGA